GAUAAUAUAAAAGCACGUAAAGCUUUACUUGCUUCCUUUCCUCUCCACCCAAGUGAGUUUCUCUUUCUCUCUCUGCGCGGAAUCUCUCUUCUCCUAGUUUCGCAGUUUCUAUCCCCCAAAAGAAGAGGAGAUGGCGGAAGAGAAAAAAGUAGCUCCGAUUGGUGUCUGGAAUACCGUGAAGCCCUUCGUCAAUGGCGGUACCUCCGGUAUGCUCGCCACUUGCGUUAUCCAGCCGAUCGACAUGAUCAAGGUGAGGAUUCAACUAGGUCAGGGAUCUGCAGUCAGUGUGACCAAGAACAUGUUGAAGAAUGAUGGUAUUGGUGCUUUCUACAAGGGAUUGUCUGCUGGUUUGCUAAGGCAAGCAACUUACACCACAGCCCGUCUUGGAUCCUUCAAGAUGCUGACUGCAAAAGCAAUUGAGGCUAACGAUGGGAAGCCGCUACCUCUGUACCAGAAGGCUCUAUGUGGUCUGACAGCUGGUGCAAUCGGUGCUUGCGUUGGUAGUCCAGCUGACUUGGCGCUUAUCAGAAUGCAAGCUGAUAACACCUUGCCGUUAGCUCAGCGCAGGAACUAUACCAAUGCUUUCCAUGCGCUUUACCGUAUUAGCGCUGAUGAAGGAGUUUUGGCACUUUGGAAAGGUUGUGGUCCUACUGUGGUCAGAGCUAUGGCUUUGAACAUGGGAAUGCUUGCUUCUUAUGAUCAGAGUGCUGAAUACAUGAGAGAUAAUCUUGGUCUUGGGGAGACUUCCACAGUCGUAGGAGCAAGUGCUGUUUCAGGAUUCUGUGCUGCGGCGUGCAGUCUUCCAUUUGACUUUGUUAAAACUCAGAUCCAGAAAAUGCAACCGGACGCUCAGGGUAAAUAUCCAUACACGGGUUCGCUCGACUGUGCCAUGCAGACCUUAAAAUCAGGAGGACCUCUGAAAUUCUACACAGGUUUCCCUGUGUACUGCGUCAGGAUCGCGCCUCACGUCAUGAUGACAUGGAUCUUCCUAAACCAGAUUACUAAGUUCCAAAAGACCAUUGGUAUGUGAUCUUCAAGCCAUCCUUGUGAAGUGCGGAGCCAAUAAUAAGACGAGAAGAACGAAAACACAAUUGGAAUUGUGUUCAUUUACCUUUUUAACAAUAUACAUGCCUUGAAGCAUUAUUUGAGACUUGGAUAUUUUUUUUGUUCGUCGUUGAUUGGUCCGUGAGCUUUUAAAUUUUUUAAAUUUUGUUUAAGAUUUUCGGCCAUUAAGUAACUUUAAAGCUACUGAUGCAUCGAAAUAAUAUUUUUAUUUACUUGGUUAA